AUGCUUCAUACCUGUGAAUAUGUUGAUUUUCAUCCAUUCGAAGACGUUGAUUCUGCAAUAUUUUAUCUGAUGCGUAAUCAUGAGUUUAGCCAUGUCCGAAUAGUCUUAGCUAGCCAAAUAGCCGAUGAAUUCUUCGACAUGCAAGAAAUAGCACGACUUCAAACAGUAGUAUGUUUAACGAUGUGUAUUUUCAUCUUUGAUGCGAACGAACAGGAAGAAGUCGAGCGUUACGAUCGUUAUCUCACGUAUCUACCAUGUCGGCGAAAAUGUUGGACAAACGAACGGGAUCAUUGUGAACGAUGUUUGAUUAUGUCAAGAGACAAACAUCUAUUGCAAGAAUUUUGUCUUCAAACUGAUACAUUCGGUUUGACAAUUGCCACCGUCAUUUUGCUUGAGAAGGUCGGAGCAUUUGGUAACAUGUUUUCGGCUACAGUUGAUAGGGAACGAAACGAAAUUGUACUGACGGAUAAUUACAGCGAUCAUGAUCACAUCGAAUUUGUCGGCUACAUUUCUGGUUGUGACGUGACAAUCCCAAAGGUAUUGUAUCAUCUUCGCUUUGCCGAAUCCAUUCAUAUGUCAAAGACUGAUGUUCAAAUUGCGUGUUUGGUCAUAUUUGGUCGUCGCCAUCAGCUAACUGACCAACAAAUUGCAAUUUUAUGUCGAUAUUUUGGAACGGGAAAUUGCGUUCGCUCGACAACAUUCAUCAAAUAUCUUGUUCGAUUAUGGUCUCUCGAAUCACCCAUCCCAUUUUAUCGCUUAGUCAAUAGAGCACUGGCUGAAUGCUCCACAGAUGACAUUCACUAUUUACGUUUUAUCAUCUACGAUUAUUUUGAACUGUUUUAUGCAAAAUUACUUCCAUACUUUGCUGGCACACUGUAUCGAGGUAUAUCGAUGACAGAAGACAAUAUUGUCAUACUUAUGUCACUGGAAGGACAAAAGAUCUAUUUUGUUUGUUUCACGUCAACAUCAAAGAAUCGUGCACGUGCUCAAGUCGGUGGCAAUGUUUUAUUCGAAAUUGAAACACUUUCAGCUAAAGGUCAAGAUGCACAAAAGUUACAUUCAAAUGCUGACAUAUCAAUUGUUUCUCAAUUUCCGGAAGAAGAAGAAGUUCUUUAUGCCCCACUUGCAACAUUCCAAGUUAUGAAUAUAAUACGUGAUGAUGACGAUUAUGGCAUGGAACAUUAUACCGUGAAACUACGAGAACUUGGUGGUAGCUCAUUUCUCUCUAUAUUACAUUUCGAUAGGCUCAAACGAAUGCCAAAUACAUCACCCUUCUUAAUAGGUACCGAUUAUUGGCAAAUUCCAAUCAGUGAAGGUAUUGUGAGUACGGAUGAGUUUGGUGUUUGGUUCACUAAAAUAGGAAUAAAAUCUUUAAAGACUUAUCCUUUUACAACUGGUAUUGAACAUAUACAGGGUGUUUCAUAA